UAUAAGAAAAUAAGUAUCAAUUUUUGGUGCUGAGGCUAGGGAAACUGCCAUUUUGGAUGCUGGGCGGUGUCACCAAAGUCAGUCUUGGAGGUUUUCACGCCUGAGUUCAGUCAGGAGGAACAGCACAGUAUGCUAGGCUCUGGAUUUAAAGCUGAGCAUUUACGAGUCAAUUUGAGAUUAGUCAUAAACCGUCUCAAACUACUGGAGAAAAAAAUGGAAGUGGCUCAGAAAGCAAGAAAGGAGAUUGCUGAUUAUCUGGCUGCUGGGAAGGAUGAGAGAGCCCAGAUCCGAGUGAAGCACAUUAUCUGGGAAGACUACCUUGUGGAGGCCUUGGAGAUCCUGGAGCUGUCCUGUGACCUGCUGCUGGCUCGGUUUGGCCUCAUUCAGUCUAUGAAAGAGCUAGAUUCUGGUCUGGCUGAAUCUGUGUCUACACUAAUCUGGGCUGCUCCUCAACUCCAGUCAGAAGUGGCUGAGUUAAAAAUAGUUGCUGAUCAGCUCUGUACCAAGUAUAGCAAGUUAUGUAGGACCAACCAGAUUGGAACUGUUAAUGACAAGCUAAUGCACAAACUGAGUGACGCCCCACCCAAAAUCCUAGUAGAGAGAUACCUGAUUGAAAUUGACAAGAAUUACAAUGUACCCUAUGAACCUGAUUCUGUGGUCAUGGCAGAAGCUCCUCCUGGGGUAGAAAUAGAUCUUAUUGAUGUUGGAUUUACAGAUGAUGUGAAGAGAGGUGGUCCUGGAAGAGGAGGCAGUGGUGGGUUCACAGCACCUGUAGGUGGACCUGAUGGAACAGUGCCAGUGCCCAUGCCCAUGCCAUCUCCAAAUCCUCCUUUCUCAUAUCCAUUGCCACAGGGACCGUCAGAUUUCAAGGGAUUGCCAGUGGGAACUUAUCAGGCAUUUCCAAAUAUUGAGCCACCUCAGAUACCAGCCACACCCCAUCAUUAUGAAUCUGUUGAUGACAUUAAUGCUGAUAAGAAUGUCUCUACACAGAUUGUUGGUACUGGACCCAAGCCUGCAGUCUCUGCAAAGGCCCCUCCCAGACAUGUGGAUAAUUACAACUUUGUACUGCCAGAAUUGCCAUCUGUGCCAGACACUCUACCGACUGCAUCUGCUGGUGGCAGCACCUCAGCAUCCGAAGACAUUGACUUUGAUGAUCUUUCCUGGAGAUUUGAAGAGCUGAAAAAGAAAACAUAG